GCGGAAGUGAAGCGCAGUAAAAAAUCUGACCUGAGAUCAGCCUCAUUCGCAGCGCAUGCGUAGUGCGACUCUCCGCUGUCAUGGCCCCCUUUUUGGAGGUAUUGUAUUGUGAGGGGAUCCUGGACGUACCUUUCGUCAAGAUAAUGUUACUGAUGGGCAUCAGUUGUUGAAGUGAAGAUGAACGACAUGAACCUGAGUCCUGUGGGCAUGGACCAGCUGAGUGUGCCCUCAGUGAGUGCCAGCCACCUGGGUUUGUCCACAUCCCCGACACACAACCCCAUCCCCACUCCAGGCAUGCCAGUAGCCAUCCCUAGUUUGGGUCCUUCACUGGGCUCCCUCCCAUCUGCCCUCUCAUUGAUGCUCCCAAUGGGUCCGCUGAGUGACAGAGGGGUGAUGUGUGGCCUUCCAGAGAGGAAUUACUCCCUCCCGCCUCCUCCGUAUCCUCACCUGGAGGGCAGCUACUUCAGACACAUAUUACCAGGUAUCCUGUCAUAUCUAGCAGACCGUCCACCCCCUCAGUACAUUCAUCCCAGCAGUCUCAACAUCGAUGGAACGCUGUCUGUUGCCAGCAACAAUCCCUCAGGUCUGGACCCCUACAGUGGCCCUGGAGGCCCGCUGGAACAGAGCCUGGUACCCAUGGACUCCAGACAGGUCACUGGUCAGGCAGACCUCCACCAGACCGGUCCUCAUGAACUGGACUCAACAGGAUUAUCUAUGGAGUCACGUGUCAACAGCCCCAUGUCCCCUGACAGGAUGGGGGAGGAGCUGGCCUCAAUGGAGGGAGUUGGGGUGGUAACAGUGUCUGACUCGCAGCAGCAGCUCGGCGGUGGGAGGCAGCCUCAGCCACACGAGGGUCUGACCGGUGUGGACUCCUCAGGUGGGGUGUUGCCUCUCCAUGGACCUCCUGUGUUGGAACUACCAGUGGUUAUGGAGCCAGAUCACAUGGGGGGCCGAGUUGGAAAUUCCGGGCCAGGAGCAGGAGGACUUGGAGAGCAGCUUCAUUCAAAUGGGGAGAUGAACUCCGGAGUCGUCAGUGUGGUGCUCACUUCCUCCAUGGCUAAUCAAGGCCAGCUGGAGUCGGUGCCUCUUCACGGACACUCAGGGAUGGGGCUGGAGUCGGUGAACGUGUCCCCCAUCACUGCAGAAGUGUCACUCGGCCCAGAGAACAACCUGGUGUUGGUUAACUCCACCUUGCAGCUGGAGGAUUCCUCCUCCGACAAAGACAACAUGGUCAAUGCCUACACCAUCUGGUGCACACUAUGUGAGCGCUCAUAUACCUCGGACUGUCCAGAGCAUGGUCCGGUCACUUUUAUACCUGACACUCCCAUCCAAAGCCGAGCUCGUCUCUCUCUGCCACGUCCACUGUGUCUGCGCAUCUCUGUGGCUGAUGAGCCCAUGGGUGUUUUUGCACGGGAUGUCAUCGCUCCCCGAACCUGCUUUGGACCAAUGGUGGGCCAGCAUUGCAGCAAUGUAGAUCUGUCUGAUUGGCCAGAAAAGGACACGCCUCAAAUAUGGAAGAUGUAUCAUAAUAACGUGCUGGAGUUCUGCAUCGUCACAACAGAUGAGAACGAAUGCAACUGGAUGAUGUUUGUCCGCAAGGCAAGGACGUGUGAGCAGCAGAACCUGGUGGCGUACCCUGCCAACGGCAAACUGUUCUUCUGUACGACCACUGAGAUCCACCCGGACCAGGAGCUGCUCUUCUAUUACAGCAGAGACUACUGCAGAUUGUUGGGUGUUCCUCAGAUGCCCGAUGGCCAGAUGUGCCAGUGUGGUAAAGAGUGCUCCUCCUUCAAUGAGCUCAAGUCACACCUGGGCAGCCAUAACAGCAACCACAACCAUAAUCAGCCUCAACACAACCACAGCCCACAGCAACAGGACCACUGUCAACAACAGCAGCAGCAGCCACAGGAGCAACAACCGCAACAACAGCAACACGCCCACCAGGAUGAGAAACUCACCAACGGAACCUCCAGCUCCUCCUCUUCUCCGUGGCCCUGCCACGCUCCCUCCACGGGACAAACGCACAACGAAAGCUGCGCACGCAGGGACGGCAGUGACAGAAACUCUGAUAAUAACCCAAGGGUCAAAGGACAGGGUCACGUGCGGGAGAAGAAAUUCAAGUGUAGCAUGUGCUCCCAGGCCUUUAUCACUUCCACUAAGCUCAACUUGCACUUUAUGGGACAUGUGGGAAUGAAACCCCACAAGUGUGAAUACUGCAGCAAGGCCUUCAGCGAUCCCAGCAACCUUAGGAUGCACCUCAAGAUCCACACAGGUCAGAAGAACUUCAAAUGUACAGUCUGUGAAAAGUCGUUCACACAGAAAUCCCACGUGGCGUCACACAUGCUCAUUCACACCGGCGCCGAGAAGCUCAAGUGUGACCUCUGUGAACGGACUUUCCUCAGGAAGCACGACCUGAAGCAGCACAUGUUCUCACAUACACAUGAGCGUCGAAUACAGUGCCCAAAGUGCAACAAACACUUCCUGAAGACUAACCACCUGAAGAAGCACAUGAACUCGCACGAGGGCCGCAGAGACUUUGUCUGCGAGAAAUGCCAUAAAGCGUUUCUCACCAAAUACCACCUCACCCGUCACCUCAAGAUCUGCAAAGGCCCCAAAGCCGAGAGGGCGUCACGCAAGGAGCAGGACAUAGAAGAGGAUGAGGAGGAGGAGGAGGAUGAAGGUGACAGCAGGGGGGAAGGAGGAAAAGGAAGAGACAGAUUGAUUGACUCCACAAGUAAUGAAGAUUGUGGUUUAGAUGUUGGAGGAUACAACUCUGACAAGUCCCCAUCGCCGCCUCAUUGAUGACCACAGUGCCUCUUGUUGGUUUGUUUUUUUGUUGCCUCAACACUAAUGUAAUAUCUUGCCAAGUAUCAUUUACUACAUUGUAAUUGUCACAUUUAAUAUAAAAACGUUUCGGAAAGAUCUAUACUUUGAAUAAUGUUUCGUUCAAAUUCGUGUUUCUUUCCUUAAUUCAGUGAAACUCUGUGCAAUAGUAUUGGUUCAUAGAAUUUUGUGGGGUUUUUUUUUGCUCUUAUAAGUUAUAAUUGUUAUUUUGUCUGUUUAAACUUUUCCAGCCAAUCAUUGUACGUUCAGAAUAACCUGACUCCUUAUUUAUUGAAUAAAUCAUUUUCUUUUCAUGUUCAAAUUUUCUUUCUUUUAUGUUAACCCAUUGAAUUGAGGUCUGAGCAGCGGUAGAGAAUAUUAAAAUAUACUUACAUUUGAAU